CCGGAUGAUAUCAAUUCACAAAUCUCGUUAGAUCGAACGCGACUCGUAUUGAUGAAUGUUCAAAAAUCAGAUGAAGCCACAUUCACAUGCGUUGCAAAAAACAGUGCUGGACAAGCGGCCAGAGAAUUCCAAGUUAACGUUCUCGUGCCACCAAGAAUAGUUGGUAAAAUGGUGGAGGACAUGGUUGUUGUCGAAGGAGAAUCCUUGGAAUUAGAAUGCGACUUCGAUGCAGAUCCAAUUCCUGAAAUAUUUUGGGUGAAGGACACCGCACCACUCAAGGAUGCGGGUGCCUAUCGUUGUACAGUGCGCAAUAAGGCCGGUCAAGCUGAAAAAACCUUUAACGUCAGAGUCAUUCUGAAACCUGGUUAA